AUGCCGGCUUUGACGGUGCCGGAACAUUUCUAUUUCUACAACAACCUGCCAAUAAAAUGGGUGCGAAUCGUUGGUGUCGUCGUCGCCGUCGAACAGUUCGUCAACCGACGACUAUAUUCCAUUGAUGACAGCAGCGGCAGCAAUAUUUUUGCCGUGACUACAGCUUCAAUCUCUGCAGAACCAAAGAAUGAAGUGGCAGCUUGCGAACCCCGGGCGAUGACAGAAGCACGAGCGGCUGAUUUACAACAGGCAGACCCCUACGCAGAUAUUGACGUAGGCACGGUAGUUGACGUGAAAGGAGGAUUAUCAACGUACCGUGACGAACGACAGAUCAACAUUGAAAAGAUGGUCAUCGUGAAGAACACAGCUCAAGAAGUAGUGCUCUGGGAGAAGCGGACCAAGUUUCAUCGCGACAUCCUGGAUAUACCCUGGCUGCUUCGAGAUAAAGAUAUACGUCAUUGUUGCCGAGAAGCAGAACGCUCCGAGGCAAAGAAGGAACAGAAGAGGGUAAAGGAGGAGGAGGAGAAAAAGCAGCCCAGAAAAAAAGCAGCCGAUGCGAAGCUACCCGUGAGAGGCAUGAAAAGAAAAGGCUCUGAUGACGACGGCGCAGCCAAGAGAAUGCGGAUGAUUAUCAAGGAGCAUGCAUUAACAGGGAAAUACAGUGCUCUUGGAUUAUAG